CUCCGGUAUCAUUGCUAACCAAUCAUAACUUAAGGAGAGUUCAAAGUUCAAAGAUUAAAAUUUGUCACCUACAUUAUCGUUCAAAUUUCAUUAUGAACAUGGAAUCUUUGAACGUCCGACAGAAAUUUUUAUCAAUACUAACGAUUUUAAAAUAAGUAGAUCCGAUGUGGACGAUUAGUAGUUCUCUCAGGCUUGAAGGCGAAUUUUUGAAUUUGACAUUCUUAAUAAGUUAGGUUAUGGUAUUAUUUUAUUCAAAAUCGUUUGUAAAUAAAAAUGUUUAAGAUUUUUGCCUGUUUGAAACGUGUAGUAAGUUUAGGUCCGCGCGAGUAUCUAAAACAACAAAUAAAAUUGCCUCUAGUUAAAUUUAUUCAUGACACAGUUAAUUUGUACAAGGCAAGAACCCAGUCAGGGGUCAAUAGUAUCAGAGAAAUUCUUUUUAGGGGCACCGUAGUUGCACUUAUUACAGCCCUUUUAGUUUGGUUAUCAAUUUUUAUGUAUAUAGCAUUUUAUUAUGCUUACGUACCAACAAUUUCCCAUGAACGUCCAGUGUAUCUCAAGUUUCGAGCAUGUGACACGAAUUCUUGUGACAACGGUAAUGGUAAUGGUAAUGGCAAAGGAAUAUGCAGUUUUCCAUCAGCACAUAUAAAGCUAACUGAAAGACAAAGGCUUUUAAUGUUGGGUCAGCCAUACAAGAUACAUUUAGAUUUAGAGAUGCCUGAAUCUCCUACCAACAAAGACCUUGGAAUGUUUAUGGUAUGUGCUGAUUUUCUUAGCGGAAGUGGAAAAGUUUUGGCCAAUUCGUGUCGUUCUACAAUGUUACAUUACCGCAGUUACCUGUUGGAUAUUCUAUAUAAGUUAAUAUUUAGUCCUUUCUUUGUAUUUGGUAAUUCCGAAGAAAAACAGAACAUACAUGUGGAACUUUUUUCUGAUUUUGAAGAAAUUGAAAGUGAACCAGUAACUGAUAUUUUUAUUGAAAUACAGACAACACAUAUAGAGAUUUAUUCUGCGAAAUUUUUAAUUAAUGCUCAUUUUACGGGGCUAAGAUUUUUAAUGUACAAUUGGCCAGUGUUCUCUGCAGCUAUUGGUAUUACUUCCAACUUGGUAUUUAUUGCAAUUGUCUGCAUGAUCAGUUGGUAUCAAAUUAUUAAUUCUGAAGAAUAUCGACGUUUAAUCGAAAGACAAAAUGAAAGAAUAAUGUUAAAAGAUUUUGACAGUGGUUCUUCUAAUUCUUCCAUUGAUGAGGAUACCUCUAUGUUGGAAGAAGACAGACAGAUAAGAUUUCGAAAAGGUCGCACAGAGAGCAAAGAUUUUCUAGAAGAUAUUGCUGAUAUAGAUUGUUAAUUUAUUUAUGUAACUGUUAUUCAUUCCGUCGUCUAUACCAAAGAUUUUUAUAGCAUCUUUACUGGUUAUGUUGUCAAUAUAGUUAAUUUAAGUAUUAA